GUCACAGCGCUGAGUCAGAGGUUGUGUACGUCAUCACACCGCGCUGCAGGCACGCUUUGCCGGUGCGGAUCUGGCGCUGUUCUGUGUGGACUUUGCGUGUGUUUAGGGGAAAAUGUCGGUGUUUCACGACGAAGUGGAGAUCGAGGACUUUGAAUACGACGAGGAUACGGAGACGUAUUACUUCCCGUGUCCCUGCGGAGAUCGCUUCGCCAUCACCAAAGAGGACCUGGAGAACGGGGAGGAGGUGGCGACAUGUCCGAGCUGCUCGCUCAUCGUUAAAGUCAUCUACGAUAAGGAUCUUUUCCAGGUUGGAGAAAUCAUUGAAGCUCCGUCACACGCCAAACUGGAGGUCGCUCAAUCCUGAACCUUCUCACCUUUGACCUCACAGAGACCCCGGUUUAACCAUUUCCCGUUUCCCAUCUCGACGCUCUGUUCAAGUGGUGCUGGGAAACGCCAGACUUUCACUGCCUCCUGUAUUUCCUCCAGAUUUAUCUUGAAUGAAAUCACACUUGAUCCAGAUGAAAUCUUUCAGAAGACGCAAGGUCACGACGUUCAUGUGUUUGAUGGACUUCCUGCGGAUUAUGUGGGAGGACGAGCGUCUAGCCGAGGCAUUUGCUGUGAACAGAUGAAGGUUGCGCUUUAAAAAAAACAAAGCGUUGGUUCCUGCCUCAACCUCGCCGCUCUUAAUGCACAUUCAGUCUUCCACUUUAAAGCUCAGGAGGACGAAGGAAGCUCCAUGUUAGGACUGGCAGGUUUCUUUAGAGCUUUUAUUUUGUAGUUUUCAGAUAUUUUAAUAUAUAUAUAUAUAUUUAUAUAAAACCUCCACAUACAGAGAGCCCAGGCACCCUCUCUAGGACAAACUGUGUGAUGACACAAUUACUGAAUCAGUAAUGUUUCGAUCGAUCAGCUGGCGUGUACUGAUUGGCUCCAUGGCGUCUCCGUGUGGUCAAUAAAGUUUUUACUUAAA